UAUCCUAGUGAUAAUGAUAAUUUUUGUAGUUUUUUCCUAGUUUUUUUUAGAACACUGAGACCGUGAGACGAUUUAAUUAAGAAAUAUUGUGUAAAAAAUCGCAACUUUAAUCGUAAUGAAGUCCAAAGUGACAUUUUCCUAGGGUACGUAUAGAAACACCAAUGUAUUCAUUUCGUUAAAUCUCGAACCAGCCUCUCCGCACGUUGCGCUGUUGCGGUUCAUCGAAUCAAACGUACCCCUGAAGGAAACCCCGAGAUCUUAAUUCAAUCGUUUUCUCUCCAUCUUCGCCGUAUUUUCCGGCAUUUUCCAGUCCAAGCUGUUCUAACAACCUCAAGAAUUCACCAUGUCAGGCAAAAAUAGCUGUAAAAACUGCGGUUCGUUCGACCUGGAAGUCGAUCCCAGCAGAGGAGACACCAUUUGUACAGUUUGCGGUACCGUACUCGAAGACAGUGUUAUCGUAUCAGAGGUUCAAUUCGAAGAAAAUGCUCACGGUGGUAGUUCUGCCAUCGGUCAAUUCGUGUCUUCGGAUUCGAAAGGUGGAGGUAGUCUUUCGAUUAUGGGAUCUUUCAGUCACGGUAUUCAAAAAGAGUCCAGAGAGAUAACCAUACAAAAAGCUAAAAGCGAGUUGUCUCGAAUGUGUCAACAAUUGAGAAUCAAUCAGCAUUGUUUAGAGACAGCUUUGACCUUCUAUAAAAUGGCUCUGACUAGACAUCUCACCAAAGGUAGAAGGAGCAGUCUGGUUUGCGCAGCUUGCCUGUAUAUCGCUUGCAGAUUGGAGAAAACACCUCAUUUAUUGAUCGAUUUCAGCGAUGUUUUGCAAGUGGAUCCUUUCACUUUGGGACGUACGUUCACCAGUAUUUGUCAAGAUCUGUGUAUUACUCUGCCUUUAGUUGAUCCCUGUUUAUAUAUUUUGAGAUACGCCAAUCAGAUGGAUCUCGGCGAGAAAACCCACGAAGUAUCCACCACAGCCCUACGUGUACUGAAAAGGAUGAAAAGAGACUCGUUACAUUGUGGUAGACGCCCCUCUGGCCUUUGUGGCUCGGCUUUGAUUAUCGCCGCCAGAUUUCAUAACAUUCGAAAGAAAUUGAAAGAUAUUGUCAAUAUUGUUCAUAUACAGGAGGUUACUCUUCGAAAAAGAUUAUUGGAAUUCGGAGACACACCGAGUAGUUCGUUAACUACAGAUGAAUUUUUGACCGUUGAUCUCGGCGAAGAGCAGGACCCUCCGUCGUUUAAAGCGGCUCGAAUGAAAGAUAAAGAACGACUGCAAAAGUAUACGGAUGUUGAAUACGAAAUGAAGAUGCAAAAAUUGCAAAGAUUAAUCGAUAAAGAGCUUGAAAAGAAAAGAACCAAAGGCAGACGAUUUUCAAUUUGCAGCGUCGAUACGACAUCUACGGAUAACAACGACGAUGCUCAAAGCACAACGAGCGGUAUACUGAAAGAUUCGCUGGACGAUCUUCUAGACGACGAAGGUGGUGAAGUCUCAGAAGCAGUUGUUAAAACAACUCUGGAAAGCAUAGAUAACGUGUGUAGCUCUUUGAAGAAAAAUACCACCCUGGCCGAAAAUGAAAAAGCUGCUUCCCCGAAAGGAUUAGGUCCUACUCUCGAAACGAUCGGAAUUUCUGGCGAAGAAACCGAACCUGCCCAACCUGCGGCUGAUCCUGAACCGAAACCGGCUGAAAGCACCGAAAAAACUGACCAAUUUGAAAUCGAACAUUCCUUAGAUGAUCUCGACGAUGAUGAAUUAGAUUCGUAUAUCGUCACAGAUGACGAGUUCCAGCAAAAGAAGAAGGCUUGGAUGGAGCUGUAUGCGGCUUUCUUGGAAGAACAAAAAAAGAAAGAAGAAGAGAAAUUAUUGAAAGAGAAAGAAGAUGGUAAAGGCGAUAAAAAACGUAAACGACAGAAACGUACCAAAGGCGCUGGAGCUGCUACAGCAGGAGAAGCUGUAGAAAAAGUAUUAAGAGAGAAGAAAAUCUCGAAUAAAUUGAAUUACGAUGUUUUGAAAUCUCUCAACAUGAAUGAUUUCGUUAAAUCCAUGAAUUUCGGCGCACCGGGUACGAUGAAAGAAAUCGAAUCCAAAGCGAAAGAUGGUAGAAGCAGCGAUGAUGUGCCUAGUAAAGUACCCAGAUUGGGCGAAGCCCUUGCAGCCAGUGCUGAUCCUGGUAACGAGGAUGAGGACGAUAUGGAUGACGAUUACGAUGACGAUGAACCCGAACCCGAAAGUAAUGUGAGAUCGAUUAGUGAAAUUUUAAGAAGCCAGCACGGCCAAGACGACGACGACAACUACGACGAUGAUUAUUAAUUUUUCACAAUAUUUCAUCUCGACCUUCUCAAGUUCUCAGAACCAAGUCACUUGAUACCUGUUGAAAUUUAUCCCAUGGAAAACUUAUCGAUGGAUUAAGUUGAAAAUUUCGUACUGUAAUGUAAUUAUUUUUAAUCACCCUUAUAAUCCUAAUGCCGCAUUGAACUGUAUUUUUAUGUAAUUGUCUGAGACAGAUACACACUCGAAUGCAACAUAUUUACUAAUUACUAAGAAUAAGAAUGUAACCAAUACGAGUUGAGUACAUAUUUCUAUUUUUUUAUACCACGACAAUCGCCAUAUGCUUCCUUGGAACUCGAUUACGAUGAUUGUAAGUGAAAUGUGGCGAAAUGUUUUGCUUUCCCAGUGCUUUGCUUUAGUAUUACCAAAUAACCGACUUCCUUAACAUAAUUUCUCUAGUCUACUUUGAAUUGAGAGUUGUUUUGUUUACGCUCUUUUUAUUCGAGAUGAAUAUCCACUGUACUUAUAUAUAUAUUAAGCUCGUGUAACCCUUCGAAUCAACAGUCUCGUCCUGUGGUUUAUUUUGGAAUCAACUCGUACGUUUUUUUAAGUUAAACUUGUGACGCGACUCGAGUUUUGAAAAAAAUCUUCUGCUUCAAAAUGAUUUUCACCAAAGUGUUUUCUCUCGUGGGUGCGACGUAUUUGUUUUUAUACGCUGUUUUUACGUUGGGGUGUUUUUGAAAAGCUCAUUACGAUGGUGCUGGAGGUAAUUUUUUUUGCAAGGUUUAAAUUAUUGUUUAAAAAAAAAAAAUUAUUACUUAUCGGAAGAUUCGUUUUGUAGGUUUUCACGAUGAGAAUUUUUUUUGCCAAAAUAUUUAUUAUUCCGAUUCUCGCUGCAAUAUUUAUUCGAGUUGUAUAAAAUGUGCCCAAAUGCUAAUUAACCAGAAUCAUUCCAAAGCGGAUAGCCGGAUACCUAAUUAUUUUAUAUGUAUGUUGUAUAGUAAUUUAUUCAUCAUUCUUCGGUUUACAUUUAAGUCGUACUAUGGUUUCUAUGGAUUGACAAUAUAAUUUAUUAUUACGAGGUGUA